CCGCAGUUUAGUGCUGUCAAUUAUUAUACUUUUAUAUAAUUGAUUUAAACAACUAUUUCGCAUAAAAUCAUAUUUAAUUGUUGAUAGUGUUUUUAUAAUUACAACACGGUAGACGUGCAUAUUAGAAUACAUUACUAAAACACGUAAAAUGCUCGUCACUUUUUGUGUUGGAUAACUUACUGUCUGGCAGUUAUUUUCAAGGGGGAGUAAUUAACGUUCGCUGAAAUUUUUAAUGUUUGCUGGAGAAAUUAAUGUUCGCUGUUAACGUUCGCUCGCUUAAUGUUUGCCAGCUUGUUUUCAGUAUCAUAGUAAGAUUAUGAAUGCAAGUUAACAAGCUGAUUUACCAAGCAUAAAACAUGGCUGAGAGAGGUAAACAGUCUUCUAUCCAGGAUGGUUCCGAUGCCGAUAUUGCCUUUACUUGUACACCGUGUAAUGAGCUGGGAUCCAGAGAAGAAGCUGUCAAGUACUGUCCAGAAUGUGACGAGUUUCUUUGUACAACAUGUACCAAAUACCACCUUAAGAUGAAAGCUACACGUGACCACAAACUGGUGGAUAGAGAAGAGGGAAAACACGAGUCAAAGACCGCCAAGGCAACAUUGAGAAUAAAAUGUCAACAGCAUCCAGAUAGAGAUAUAGAAAUGUAUUGUGGGACACACGAUAUGGUCUACUGUCUGAUGUGUAUUGCCACAGAACACAGGACAUGUAGUGAUGUGACUAGUUUAACAGAUGCUGCUGGCUUGAAAUUUCAGCAAAAUGAAAUAACGCGUAUGCAAAAAGAAUCCGAGUCUAUCAAGGAGCUUCUGAAAGACACAGAGAAAAAGAAACAACAGAAUGUCACUUUAGUUGAAGAAAAAAAGAAACAAAAUUCAAAUCAAAAUACAAGAAAUAGAAGAGAGUAUGAUAAAACACAUCAAAAGUCUUUCUAAACAAGCAAGUGGUAACCUUACCGACUCUUAUUCUAAGAUCAGAGGUGAGCUAGAUUCAGAUAUCGCCAUGGUGAAUAACAGGAUAUCAGAGGUGGAGAAAGUAAAAGAACAACUCCAGUCAACAACAGAAGAAAAUCCAGAAUAUUUGUUUGUUCAAAUCAAAAUAUGCCAGCAGAUAAUCAAUGAUGCUAAAAACGUGCAUGCAAAACUUAAAUUGGGCGGUCAAACAUCUAUCGAUUUUGCAGAAAAUACAAAAGUCUCUGGACUUUUUCAAGAAGUCGAGUCUUUUGGGAGAAUAAAUGAAGCUUGCAAAAAUUUAAAGAGGGGAAUAAUGCGACAGAAAGAGAUAAAAGUAAGACUACAGAAUGACGAGAAAACGUGCCGAAUAAUUGAUAUGUGUCAUACUGAUAGCGGGGAAUGUAUUUUGGCUGACCGAUACAAUCGCAAGCUAAAACUUAUGGACAUAGAUCAGAAUAUAACGGAGUUUUUCGAUCUAGGAGUACCACUGACUGGAAUUUGUAAAACAGGAAACAAAGCAUUAGCAGUAAAGCUGGACAGCAACAGAAUAGAAUUGUUGUCAUUAAGUACCCGUAUUUCUAGAGUAAGAAGUAUUUUUUUGAAGAGGGGAGGGGGGUACAUUGGUAUUUCUGUGCAGAUGAAAAGUUUUAUGUAUCGGCCGGAGAAGAGAUUGUUUUGUACAACACUAAAGGAACACUUAUAAGAUCUAUUGCUGGAAAAGAUACGACCGGUCAAACAAUGUUCAAAUCCGCACCACGACAGAUGACCGUUUAUAAAAAGUCAGUAUAUUUAGCUGAUUAAUGCGACGGAAUUGUUUGCUUAGCGAGCGACGGAACGAAGAAAACAGAAUUCCGAGAUCGUAACCUCACUAAAACAGUUGGUGUAUGUAUAUCAUGCGAUGGUACAGUGUACGCUGUUGACGAACUUUCAAAACAGAUAGUCAUGUUUAGUCAGGAUGGGAAAUGUCUCGGGGAAUUGGUCCCGGAAGUUCCCCAUGGAAAAGUUCCAGAGUCAUUGUGCUAUGAUAGUAAAAAUAAUUGUUUAUUACUUGGUUAUACAUUAUCGGAUACAGUCACUGUACUUUACCUUAAUCACUGAGAAUUUGAACGUGACUUUUGACUCGUACAUCUGAGACAUAAAUGUUUUAUAAGGAAAACACUCAUUGUUGUGAAGUAGCCUUUUAACGUUUUUGAACCGCUUCGAGUCCGCUCCACUGCUGCAAAUGUGCGAUACCCUGUUCAUUAGACAACAACACUCAUUACACUUUUCACGACCCAAACUUUGUAUAUAUACGGCUAAUCACGUAAAUGAGUUUGGGGAAGUCACGAAUAAGUAGUUCUGGCCUAAGUAACAAAAUUAUUCUGAUUGGCUAAUAUGGGAAUGCAUGUCAAUCGUCGUUUAACGUGUACGCUAGCAACAUAGAUGUGCAAUGUGAAUUGAAUAAAUAAUACAAAUGUG